UUUCCCCAAGAUAUCUCUGGUUUACGAGGAACCUGUUGGAGAUGUGUAAAUGUCACAUCUGUGGUGUAGUCUGCUAUUUAGUUAUAAUUUGAUGAUAGAAAACUGUGUUCUACGAAUUAAUGUUGAUCAGCCAUAGAUCUGAAAAGGAAAAAAGGGAAUAAAUUUUCAAAGGAUGGCUACUUCUGACAGUGAAGCAUUUGAAAGUGCUGAUGAGGAUUUUGAUUUUGAUAUUGACUCUCGUGUGUCUGCUGCAUCACAUAAGAAAACUCCCAGAGACAAUUGUGAAGUUUUGAACAGCCUGAAGGCUGGCGGGGAUGGUCUUGUUGCUAAGGAAAUAGAAAAAUCUGAGAGAUCACAGGUCAUUGAAGAUGAUAAAAAAUUGGAGGACAGUUUGAAGUCUCUAGAAAUUAGUGAAACUUUAGUUCAGGUGAAAGAUGACUCCAAAGGUUUUAGUGUUGGUGACAAAAGUGAUAGCAGUGAUAGUGAUGGAGGUGGUGAUAGUGUAAGAACGCUUAAAGGUGACAGUAAGCCUAAACAAGAUCCUGUGACAGCAGUGCCAAUUGAAAAUGAGCUCCUUGAAACAAAUACACCAUCAAAGGACAGUUCUGUGCCCUCAGAAGUUAACACAAGUGAUGCUCAGAUCAAAACUGAUGCAGAUAGUGUUAGAAGCAACAGCAGUUCUAGAAAACAUGAAAAGAAAAAAAUGCAAACAAGAGAGACAAAACCUAAAAGUUCAAUAAAAAAGUUAGGAACAAAAAUCACAUCAAAGUCUGCGACAUCUAUCUCUGACAGUGGAACUAGUAGUGACUCUGUUGCCUGCAGUAAUCAGCACAAGGAAAGCGUACAGAGUGAUAGCUUGACAAACACAAGAGAAUCAGAAAAAUUAUUAGAACCAAUAAGUACAGAUCCGGACACCACAGUUUCAACAGGAAUGCAAUCUGAAAAAAAUGAAGAGAAAAUUAGCUCUGUCCUGGAGAAACUUACAGAAACAUCCCAUGCGAAGGAAGGCAGUGGAUGGGGAGGAUGGGGCAACUGGGGUGUUUCUUCUCUCUUGUCAACUGCUACAGAAAGUGUCUCAACUCUGACCAGUCAAGUCACUCAUGGAUUCAGCAGUGUUCUUGAAACAGGAAUUGGAAUUCCAGACCCAGAAGAGCUAGCCCGUCUCGAUGCAGAACGUGAGCGGAAGAGUCAAAACAAGUGCAGCAGUGCAACUCUUGUGUCUGAGGAACCUGAAACAGAAAGUGCACAGUCAGUUCCAGAGGAAAAAUCGACAGAAAGUCAAUCACAAGAUGGUGCAGGAUUGUUUGGCUUCAGCCGUGUCUUUUCUGGUGUGUCCACAAUAACAAAGCUUGUGGAGUCCACAGGAAGCAAAGUAAUUACUGGUGGUCUUGACACAUUGGAAACUAUAGGAAAAAAGACAAUGGAAGUGUUACAAGAGGGUGAUCCCGGUCUGAGAAAAAAGAGAGAGAUUUUCUCAGAGAAAAUUAUCCUCUCACAGGUUUUGAGAGAAGCAAAAGAGAGAGCUGAAAUGGAAGAUAAAUUAAAUGAAGAUAAAGAAGUCUUGAGGAAAGCACAUUUCGAAACACUGUUUGAUGAUUUUCAAGGUCUUGUGCACUUGGAAGCUCUUGAAAUGCUGUCUAAGCAGUGUGAGCUCAAAGUGGAAGCCAUUCUGCAGUCUCUAACUGGUCAAGUUGCAGUUGAACUGCAAGACAAGAUGACGGCAUUAAAAGAGUUAUGUGAAAUUCCUGAUGAUGAUGCAGAUGAGACAGAAGACCAAAGCACAAGUGAUGAGUGGCUAAAAAGUCUUGGUGAAUCCUCCCAUGAUCUUGGAGUGAAUGUACCUGUUGAUAAAAUUGCAAAUAGCUGGUCAGAGACAAUACAAUGGCUCAGUGAGUAUUCACCAGAAAUUAGGCCCCAAGAAUUCCACCAUAAAGCUAUUUCAGCACUAGCUAGACUUACAGCAGUGUCUGUAGAACAGUUCCACAAGACUGCAGAAUUACUGUUGGUAAAGGAAGAUCGAGAUCCGUUCCAAGAGGCUCACUGUCUCCAAGAAAUGACUCUUUUAUUGUCAGUCCACAUCAGUAUACUGGCUGCAAAAUUUUCUGACACCCUGUCUUCUCGUGAAGAAGAAGAAAGCCCAGGAUUAACGUCUGUUAGUGAUAUAAUCACUAACAUUUUUCUUGAGGCCUCCAAUAGCAGUUCUUAUAUAAAAGAAGCAUUUCAACUCAUUAUACCAGUACUACAACUGGGUGUGACGCCGUAAUAUGAAAAUGACUUACAAUAUCAUCACACUAAUUGGAGUAACUGAUGUACUGUCAUGUUAUGUGCAAUAGUACAGAAACAAUGUGUAUUAAAACACCCAAGGAAAUAUUAACCUCAAGCUUCUGAGGAUCCCUCUAACUCAAGAUGAAAGUGAAAUGGAACAGAGAAGAUACCAAACAAAAAGAUAGGUCACCCACUAAGUAGUAAUCCCAGUCCUGGUGUCCAUUGCACCCUGCUCUGUCAUUCUCUUCAUUCCCCCACCUCUCACUCUCUUGCCUCCGCAGAAGAGAGCCUGUUUUUAAAGUAUUUAAGACAUCAGGUGUGCUACAUUUUUCACUCUACUUAUUGACAGAGCUGUAUUUAUGUACCAUUGCACCUAAUAAAUUAUUAAAGUGGUUAUUGUCAAAGUUCAGUCUUGUCAAAAAUUGUGUUACUCUUAGUGUUACUAGUUUUUAACAGAACUGUCAUCUUGUAAAGUUCUAAGCAUUUUAGUUUGUUAUCAAAAUAUUCAGAAUCAAAUAUAUGUAUUUGUUAUUGUUGAGAAAAGAGAGAACACAAGUUUAAAUAAUUGAUUACUUUUUUUACCCACAUCUGACUUUCAGGUAGAGAAUCUGAAAGAUAAAUCAAUAAGAUGAUUUUAUUUGAUCGUGUAUAUGGAUGUUGCCAAGAUGGUGAACAUGAGAUUUGAAUGCCACAGUUAUAUUACAUCCCUAGCAUUGUUAUACAAUAAUUUAUUAUGUAAUAUAUUUAACUAAAUUUGUACUUAUCAUAUGUUCCAUAAUCGUGGACAUUUUUCCACUGUUAGUCCAGGUAUUUAAAUUUGGUGAUGCUUCUUGGGAGUGGACCAAGGAUAUCCCCUGGUAAAUUGUUCCAUUUGUACUCCUGAACCAACAAGCAUAUUUACUCCUAUUGUUGUUUCAGGAUUUCACACUUCUCUUGUACUCAAGGUACUUCUCUCCAUCAUAUAUCCUUAUGUUCUCACCUGCAUUCUCACCCACAUAUGCUUGGUAAAUUCCUUCAAGUCUGGCUGUUAUCUUUCUUCUUACAUGGCCUUCCAGUUCCAGUUUCUUUAUUAUUUCUGUGGCAUUGGUUGCACUGUGUAUACCUGGUUGUGUUCAGUUGCACUCGUAUAUGCUUGCUUAAGUAUCUGUGCCUUAUCACUACAGCAUACUCCUGUUGGGAUUGUGGCAGCAUCACUAAUACAUUUCAUCACAAUGAAUGAGCAAACCUAUCGCUGAAAGUACCUUUGGCACAGCUGGCAUGGUUACAGUUGU